AUGGGGAUCAUCACGGGGAAGAGGCUUCUGGCGCUGGCGAUCUCGUUGCUCGCCGUCCUGGCGCUCCUGCUCCAGCCGUGCGCUGCGGCGCGCCCCAUCUCCCAAACGGCUACCAUCGAUGGCAGCCGGAGCCUGCACCUGCCGCUCCGCGGAUCGCUGCUGCGUGGCCCGGAGAGCGUCGCGUUCGACGGCGACGGCGCCGGUCCCUACAGCGGCAUCUCCGACGGCCGCGUCCUCAAGUGGAACGGGCUGGCGCGCGGCUGGUCGACCUACGCGUACAGUCCGGGUUACGACGCCAAGGCCUGCACCGCGUCCAGGACUCGGCCGGCGGAGGUGACAGAGAGCAGGUGCGGCCGCCCGUUGGGUCUGCGCUUCCACUACGGGUCUGGUAACCUUUACAUCGCCGACGCCUACAAGGGGCUGAUGCGUGUCGGGCCAGGUGGCGGCGAGGCAAAGGUGCUGGUCACGAAGGUCGACGGCGUGCCGCUCCGCUUCACCAACGGCGUCGAUGUCGAUCAGGUCACUGGAGAAGUUUUCUUUACGGACAGCAGUAUGAACUACCAGCGAUCCCAGCAUGAGAGAGUAACGGCCACCGGAGACUCGAGUGGCCGUCUUAUGAAGUACGAUCCAAAGACAAACCGUGUCACGGUAUUGCAAUCCGGCAUCACUUACCCUAAUGGCCUCGCCAUUAGUGCUGAUCGGACACACCUUGUCGUCGCACUUACCGGGCCAUGCAAGUUGAUGAGGUAUUGGAUCAAGGGUACCAAGGCGGGUACGUCGGAGCCGCUCGCCGAUCUACCGGGCUAUCCAGAUAACGUAAGGGCUGACGGCAAAGGUGGAUUUUGGGUGGCGCUACACCGGGAGAAAAUGGAACUACCGUUUGGUCCGGACAGCCAUUUGCUCGCCGUGAGGAUUAAUGCUGACGGAAAAGUGAUCCAGGUGAUGAGAGGACCCAAGAGCGUGAGGCCAACCGAAGUGAUGGAGAGGGAAGGUGGCAAGCUUUACAUGGGAUCGGUGGAAUUACCUUAUGUUGCCGUAGUUAGCGAAUAG